AUGUUGCUCCUCAGAGGCCUCCCUGUGUUCUUCUGCCUGGGCAUUGUGAACGGAUUCCUCCCCAACCACGAAUCAGGGGGUAUUGAUUCAACUGUCUACACAGAUGCUGACAUCACAGAAGCAGGGGUCCUACGGGCUGUUGCCCGGUACAUGGAGAGGAACCCACUGCCUGGGAGAUCUCCCAUGGUCCCAGGAGAGCUGGAAAAUAUGAAGCCACUGAAUGCUACUGGACUAUACAAGGCUUUUUACAAAGCUGAUGUCUCUCCCAGUCGAUUGGUCAAAGCCAUACAGGAGCUUAUCUCUGGGAAUAAUCAAGUGGAGGUCACCCACCGGGAAGACAGUAGCUACUUCUUCUACUGCGAAAAGAUAGCCCAAAGUAUAAACCAGUUUCGGAACCUGAGGGAAUCUAUGCUCAACAGCCUGAAAGAUCCUGUGAGCUCAACAACUUUGGAAUCAGCUCGCCUAAGCGCUGGAAAAGCUCUCCAUGUCCAGCAGAAAUUCUACAGUAACACCAACUGGGUUGAAAUGGGAAAAACCAAACCUUAUGAACACCUGUUAAAUCCAGCCAGUCCUGCUUCCCCUGUUGCUCCUGCUUCUAAGGAAACCUGUAAAGACUGCAUCAGAGACUCAAGUGACCAGUACUCGUGCGAUGGAAACAUCCUAGUGAAUGACCUGCUCACAAGUGGGUACUGGGUGUCAACAACAUGCAGGAAAAAACCAAAAGGCAAAUGUGGACAUGGUGGGAGAAAUGAUCCAACACAAGACUUCCCUGUGACUGGAGGGAUCAACAAGGAGACGACGAACCCCCAGCUUUCUCCACACUAUCAAUUGCACCCCCAAGCUGCUGAACUAGCCAUACAAGACACAAGGGACUUCUUUGUAGGAGAUGGAUACGGCCUCCUGGACCAGGUGGGCAGUGAUAUCUUUAAGAAGCUUUUCAACUUGGACGGCUAUUCGCUCACCUUUGUAAUAGACACAACGGGCAGCAUGACAGAGGAUAUCAGCCACGUCAAAGCCAUCAGCAUCCAGCUGCUCCGAAACUAUUCUAGCUCCCCGGAUAAACCCUUUAACUACAUUCUUGUGCCUUUCAAUGAUCCAGAUGUGGGCCCAGUCCAAGUGACUCGUGAUGUGGAUGAGAUGGAGUCUUUCAUCUCUAGCCUCAAAGUUGAUGGUGGUGGUGACUGCCCAGAGAUGUCACUAAGUGGUCUGAAGUUGGCUUUGGAACACAGCUUGCCACAGUCCCAGAUCUACAUGUUCACUGAUGCUGGAGCUAAAGAUGAAGACCUGAUGGAUCAAAUCAAAGGCAUAAUUGAUUCCUCUGGAUCUAUCGUGAACGACUUUCUCACAGGAUAUUGUUCAAGCCGGAAACGAAGAAGUAUUGCUGAGGAGUCUUCGGGGAGGAGUUAUGCUAACCUGUAUGAAGAACUAGCUGCUUAUUCUGGUGGGUUCUAUGUGAUGACCACCAAAGGUGAACUCGACCAAGUCCUGGGCAUAAUGGAGCUCUCGCUGAAUGCUGCCCCUGUUAAGGUGGCCCAUAAACACCUGGAUGGGUCUCAGCUCUCCUUCCCUGUGGAUGAGACUCUCACUGAAAUAACUAUCUCGGUCAAGAGCUUAAUCUCCUCCAAAUUCAAUGUUACUUUGCUGCAGCCAUCAGGAGACCCAUUGAUCACCACUGAUGUGGUGAUCAACACGGCCACACACAAGAUUGUGAAAGUGUCGCCCAUCCCUGAGCAGGGCUCGUGGACCGUGUCUGUAUCUCCCAGCGGCUCCUACAAGGUGGAAAUCGGAGGCAAGAGCUUGCUUGACAUUUCCUACCAGAUUAUGCAGAAGGAGAAAGGCUAUGUGCUUCCGAUCCAGGGAAGACCUGUGAAAGGCUCAAACUACACUUUCUCCCUGAGGCUGAUGGGAGACGCUAAAGGUGCUCAAGUCCAGCGCUUGGUCCCUAUUUCUGAACUGGGGAACCCCAUAGACUCCAUUGCUUUGAACCAAACCUUUGAUGCCCUUGGCAACCUCAUAGCCACUGCCCCUGUUAUCUUGCACACCACGACUACCCUGCUGAGCGUGGAAGGCCUGUCUCCGGGGAACCUGCCCUUUUCACGAGUCAGCAGCUAUCCGAUCAGCACCGAGUCUGUGCGGAUUGUGGCCUUGCCAGACCAAAAGAGCACAAUGGCGCCCGGUGGGAGCCUGGAGGUCUCUGUCCUGGUGGUAAAUGAUGGGCCAGCUGAAUUGUGCUCUUUUAAAGUCUGGGAUGACCUGGGUUUCCUGAGCAGCUUUGUGCCAACCGAAAGUUUCCUGAAUCCAGGAGAGAGCGUCAACCUCACCGCAAACUUCAUUGCAUCUUUAGAGAACAGCAGCUUUGCCUCCAGCAUCGCAACGUACACAGCAAAAUGUUCAGCUUCCCAAAACUACUUGAAACUGCCCAUCACCGUCAUUUCUGAAACUGCCACAAAAACAGAUGAUAUCCCACCAGUCUACUUGCUUCUAGACCUUUAUAUGCCUUGUGUAGGCAAGUUCCAAAGCAAACCUACCUGCUCUCGGUACAUUUGGCGCAUGAGAUUUUCUGGCAAGGAUGCUCACAGUGCUGUCACUGUCCAAAUCAGUGGAGAUUCUUCUGGUCUAUCUUGCAGCCCGAGCGGGAUUGAUGGCGACAAGGAUGUCAUCUGUCACUAUCAGUCGAACUGUUGUUCUCCUUACGCAGAGGCCCUGAUCAGCGAUGAAAAUGGAAACACAGCCACUCUCACUGUAGACUACAGACAAUCUCGUCCUCCUGCAGCCUUCUGAUCUGCAUCACAUGACUAGCAUACAGGCGAUAAAGCUUUGGAGAGUCAUGUUUUUGGUUUGUAGAUGUCAUUCGCGCUACCCAGAGUCUACACUGCCAAGUGGUAACCCACUGCCCACA